AUUGGCUUGGACUGAGAAAGUCAUUACCUUGCGUCGUUUGUACCAGAUCUCUGUUACAGUUUCGUUUCAACAUUCUAGCAGAUCUUUUUUUUAUAUAUUCUUGGUUCGUAAAUCGCCACUUUUCAUAUCUGAUAGGGACAUGGCAUUAAGCCCAUGAAUAUGCACUAGCUUUGAAUCGGUAGCUGGGCAAGUGGUUCCAUCUAUAUUUAACGUGUUUUGCAUUCAAUACAACAGCCGGGGAUGGCCCCUUGUGAUAAAGACGGGCUACAGCAAGAGAUAGUUCCCCACUAUGAUUGUAUUUCGGAAUAUGGAAUUACGUGUGUCAGUGGCGUCGUGUCUGAGGAGCCCGUAGUGGCAACUGCUGUGACGAGGAACUAGCCCUGUGUACACACAGCUCAACAGAUGCCCUGCCGCAGCAGCCGUGUAUAUGUCCAUAUGUCGCAGUGUCUGCCGGCCGGCAGGUAGCACGGAGAGCCGAUGGUUCGACAUGACAUUGUGUCUCAUAGCGAGAUGCCUAACGAUGUGAGGUGGACCCCGGUCGUUCUGUUGUAGUGGACUGUGCGGUGACGAGCGUGUUGUCACUACAGGAGCAUGUGAAGUCACUCGCCCUGCAUGCGAGUCUGUGUAUACAUGUUGUAGUGAUAUUUCGAUGUGACGUAGGACUGUUUUACACACUCGACACACGUGGUGUGCAAUUCCAUCGAUCUGACUCAACUGUCAUCUGUCGUCUGCUCGUGUGAGGUGUUGAUGCAAAAGUGGAAUACUUUAUGGACGCGUGUCAUUGACGGUGUGAUAUUACAGUGUGUUGGAUAUAUUCUUUAAAAGCUGUAAUCUGGAUGUGCCCUUUUAACGGAGUACAUGUGAGUUUAACAUUCGAUUCAGCCGUAUGGAGGCGCUAAAACAAUGUCGGGUGCAUUGGCGCGGAGAAAGACUAGCGACACUGGUUUGGCGGUCAGAUACACGCCGUGCGCCAAUUCAGAAUUGGAUGGGGACGAAAUUGAGGAAAUCGCCAUCGUGAGCAAAGAUGCAAAAGAGUCACUGGAAGAUGAGGUUGAGGUGGAGGCAGACGUCGAAUGUGGCGAGCAGACGACAACAGCCAACGGUCCUCGAUCGCUCCCUGGGUUGGAGAUCUUCUCAUCACCGAGUGAUCGCACCAAGUUGAUUGGUGAAAGAUUAAGUUCCAGCGAUAAAAUUAGCCUCUCCUCGCCCAUCUAUUCAAAUAAGGUUGUGGAACAGAAAUCGAAGUCAACGUCGAAACAAAGUCUGUUGGAUAUUGUUAGCGGCAAACUGGAUCUUGUCAAAACACGGAAGCGCUAUUCCCUUGCCCAGUCCUCGCUCAUGAAAAAGCCGAGACCGAGCGAGGCCAAUAUUGUGACAUCGCGAGGCAUUCGGAAACAGCGAAAGAAGGAAAUCGAGGACAAAUUCGGCAAAAAGAGCGUCAGAGGUGAACGAUUCGAAACCGCGACAUCGGUCAGCUCGGACAGGGAUGGAUGUAACUGGACAUUCGUGUUUGACCCCUCCGGAAGGCUUUGUUAUUGGUGGUCAUCUGUGGUCAGUAUGGCGUUCUUAUACAACUUUUGGGUCAUUAUUUACAGAUUUGCAUUUCAGGAGAUUAACGCAGAUAACCUGUCCGUGUGGUUCACCCUGGACUACACCGCCGACUUCCUCUACGUCCUUGACAUCGCCUUCCACUUCCGGACGGGUUAUCUGGAAGACGGUGUGCUACAGACAGACCCGACCAAGCUUAGACUCCAUUACAUGAACACGACCACUUUCUACAUAGAUUGUUUGUGUUUACUACCGUUAGAUUUUUUGUAUCUUUCCAUCGGUUUCUGCUCAAUCCUUCGCUGUUUUCGCCUGGUCAAAGUUUAUCGUUUUUGGACGUUCCAAGACCGAACGGAACGUCACACAAACUACCCCAACGUGAUCCGAACCGGUACUCUGCUGCACUAUCUCUUGGCGUUGUUUCACUGGAAUGCGUGUCUCUACUUUGUGGUAGCGACGAGGAUGGAGAAGUCUCAGGACACGUGGAGGUUCCCCAAGGAUAGCACGAACACCGUCCUUCAGUACCUCCACGCGUUGUACUGGAGCACCUUGACCCUCACCACCAUUGGGGACCCUCCCUCACCCGUUACCAUGGGAGAGUACUUGUUUACUAUUUUUGAAAUGGUGUUUGCGCUGUUGCUGUUUGCAACGGUGCUGGGACACAUUGCCAAUAUAGUGACAAAUGUGAGUGCGGCCAGAAAAGAGUUUCAAGCGCGGCUUGACGGAGUAAAAACAUACAUGGAGUUGAGACGGGUUCCUUUAAAACUUCAGGAUCGAGUGAUAAAGUGGUUCGAUUACUUGUGGAUGUGCAAUAAAUCUAGUGAUGAAGAAAAGAACCUUGGCUUAUUACCGGAUAAGUUAAAAGCUGAGAUAGCCAUUCAUGUACACCUGGACACGUUGAAACGGGUGGAGAUCUUCCAGGCCACGGAGGCUGGCUUUCUGUGUGAGCUUGUGCUCCGUCUCAGACCCGUGCUAUUUUCCCCCGGAGAUUAUAUAUGCAGAAAAGGUGAGGUGGGUAAAGAGAUGUACAUUGUCAACCGCGGGAGAUUGCACGUGGUGGCGGACAACGGGAAGACGGUGCUCGCCACUCUUAAACCAGGCAGCUACUUCGGUGAAAUCAGUAUAUUAAACAUGGGCACUGCCGGCAACAGAAGGACCGCUUCCGUGCGUUCGGUAGGGUAUUCAGACCUGUUCUGUUUAGCAAAGAAAGACCUGUGGGACGUUUUAAAGGAGUACCCCGCUGCCAGAGUGAAACUGGAAGCAAUUGCUGUGAAACGCUUGGAAAAAUAUAAAAAGGCGCCAUUAGAAAAAGUUGCAAUGUCAAGGAGUAAGAGCACGCCCGGCCUCGUGGAGUCUGCCGGCAAAGUACCGCUGGAGACGAUGCUUGUGCACCGCCACCACACCCUUCCCGCCGGCCUCCCCGCCCACAACAGCACAGAGGAGAGACACGACCAGUAUGGCGCGGAUUACGGGGGAGGAGGAAUGGGUCAAGCGUCUCGCAGCGAGGACAACAUCAUCGCUCACUGCGACGAGCACGAAAGAAACGAGUCGCUGGAAUCAGCGCAGCAAGUUGUGUGUAACAUGACAACUUCAAUGACAAUAUCGAGUAUGACGUCGUACGCCAGUGGAUCGCCGCCACAGAGAUCACCUGUCGUCACGGAAGCUGCCAAAAGUCCUUUCAGUCCUCCACCGUCGCCUCGACAGACGACGUUCUCUGUGGCGGGAAUCUCCACCGUCAGUGCCAAUACACCUCCGACCAUGUCCGACCACUAUCAGCGGACGCAGCCCCAUUACCAAGGAAACUUUAACCCCCUUCCACAGAACUACUCCUAUGUUAACCAGCCCCAAAUGGCGUACCUGACGCCUUUCUCAGCACCCCCAGUCUACAGCCCUCCCUCACCCAAUAUGAUCCUGACCAAUCCUAACAGCCUGGGGGCUUCUCAGUCCAGCCUCGUACCCCCUCACCACAUUCAGCAUACCCUCCAAACUCAUUCCCCAAUGGCCAUGUCGCCCAUGACAGCUAGCAUUAGUCCAGUGAGCAUAGGUUCGCCGUGUAGACAAACAGAUACCCAAGCUGAAAUUUUGCUCAAGGAGAUAUCCAGGUUAAGAGAAAGACUCGCUCAGUUGGAGAGUGAGAACUCAGCCCUGACUGUGAAGCUGAACCAGCAACAGUGGGACGUGGAGAAUCGCUUGACAGAAUUGGAAAUGCAUAUUUGUCAGAGUGACAGUGUAGCCAGUACUGGGUCAGGUGACGAGAAACAGGACAAGCAAGCUCCCGUUAACAGGGAAUCGGUCAUAUGAUAUAGUGGAUUAAGGGGUCUUCAGCGUAUGCAGCCCCAGGCCCUACAAUCUGAUCGUAAGAUCAAAACACUGGGUCUGGUUCAAGCAUCAUCGGAUGCUAGUGUGCAUGGACGUCUGAGAAGGACAGGGCAACGGGUAGCCAUACUGUCAAGGGCGAUAACUCCACAGCGGUGAUGGGCGCCAGGUGGCCCAUGCUGUCCUGGGAACCUACGAGAGCGUUUGAUUGUGAUGGAAAUUUCUGCUGCUCUACCAUACGAUGUACAUCACAUUUAGGGACCAGUCUUUCAGAAGCCUUUUCUGAGAUUUCAGGGAUUGAACAAUUAAUCUUCUACUUCUAGAGGACGGUGUGCUUCAUAUCAGUAAUCCACAAACGAAGGCGGAAGCUCCCUUCUGAAAUGAAAGAUACCAAGAGUAGUUCCCCUUGAACAAUUUCCCUAUCUUCAAAGUGCGAGAGUACCAACUGACCAUUGAUGGGUUCUCUCCCUUUGCUUCAUGUCACUGUGGAAAGGCUCUGCUAGCGCCAUCGUGCGGUGAGUGGGUGCAACGGUAGACUACUCGUCUCUAACUUGCUGUGGUUGUGAGUAUAGUCAAAUAUUUCUGCUCAAAAUGCGGAAUGUUGUGAUGACAGAAUUGAGUUUAUAAUCCAAGAUUCUGAGCAACUGAGACAAGAGCAGAAAAUGUGAUGACAUCCAGAAUUAGGUAACACCUAUGUACAACAAUGUAUAUAUUUCAGUGCAGACCGUGCAUUGAUUGGAUACACCUCCACAAGAUUAAAACCAAAGAAACGUCAAAAAGGCAAAUAAUCCGUGAGAAAAAGCAAUGGUCGUGACGUCACCGCAAAGCUCAUAUCCACUGCAAUACAAAACUGUCCAACAUGGAGUUCUCAGUGUUGAAUGUGAUUGGACAGAUAUGUCACGUGAUGGUGAGCCACGUGACUACCAGUGUCAAUGCCAGGGUCGUACCCGAUGCAAGAAGAGAACACGCUUCCUUUUUUAAGAUGCAAUUUAGAACCAAACUAGCAUUUGAAAAGCUCAAAUAUGACGCUUUCUAUGUUCUGGGGUUUAUUCUAAAUACACAUUCAUAGGUAUGUUCAAAUGUUUAGCGAGAGGCGGUAUGGGGAUCUAGAAUCAGCCUCAAAACACCCACAGUCAACUACGGCUAUGAUGUGGCCAGUGGUCCAGUCAAAGAAAAAAACGCUAUGACUCACGAAAAAAGGGAUUUUCCUAACAUUUUAGAAACUGAUUUACGGUUCUUCAGUGACCUCUUGAUGAAGAACGGACUGAAAAUGAAUGAUAAAAAAUGACUUUUUUAAAGAGGUUUUCACGCUUCAUGGCAAUGGUGGGGGCACGGGUGGCCCAGUCGUCUAAGGCGCCGCGAUUCGCUGUGCAGAGUUGCGUCCCUUGGGCACGCCAGAAACCUAUGAUUGUGGGUUCGAA